GCUUUCUCUUCCCCAUUCAAGGUGCGGCAGAGGAACAGGUGCGUGAGGAGCCCCAGAGAAAACUUUACAUCACAGUUAUCUAAGUCUUUUUCAGCUAAGGAGCAAGAAAACAGAUAAUAACUGAAGAAGUUGGUUUGUCAGCAGCAAAGCGAAGUUUGUUGAAACAGUUAAUUUGGGAUUUGAACCUUGAGAGCAGGUGGACGCCGUCUUUAUUUAUUCGAAGUCAAGUGGUUGAAGAGAAGAAGAAGAAGAAGAAGAGGAAAUGGCGAACUCCGGUCUGCAAAUUUUGGGCUUUGCUCUGGCGCUUCUGGGAGUAAUUGGACUGGUAGUUGGCACCAUCAUGCCUCAGUGGAAGAUGUCUGCUUAUGUCGGGGACAACAUCAUCACAGCGGUGGCCAUGUACGAGGGACUGUGGAUGUCCUGUGCCUUCCAGAGCACAGGACAAAUCCAGUGCAAAGUCUACGACUCCAUCCUGCAGCUCAACAGCGCCCUCCAGGCAACCCGCGCCCUCAUGAUCGUCAGUAUUAUUGUAACGUUGGCUGGCCUGGGCGUAGCCUGCAUGGGAAUGAAGUGCACCAACUGUGGAGGAGAUGAUAAAACACGCAAGUCACGCAUCGCUAUGACUGGUGGCAUCAUCAUCCUGAUUGGAUCUUUGUGUGCCAUUGUCGCCUGCUCUUGGUACGCUCACGACAUCAUCCAGGCCUUCUACAACCCUUUCACCCCCGUCAACACCAAGUAUGAGUUUGGGUCUGCCAUCUUCAUCGCGUGGGCUGGAGCGUUCCUGUCUGUAGUGGGAGGUGCCAUGCUGGCAGCUUCCUGCCCAAAAGGCAAACCUACACCAAAGUAUCCCAUCUCCAGACCCCCCAGCAGCAAGGAGUAUGUGUGAACAAGACGGGACUCUUAGUCUGUUAGAGGCUGAAGGAACACUUUGACAUUCAUGUUAGUCCAACUCAGUGAUCCACGUUGAGAAGAUGUAUACCAGGAGGCGUUCAGUACCUGUUUUUUACUUUGUAUUUUAGUUUCUCCAGGGCUGCCCUAUGAUGUUACUGUAAUAUUAUUUUAACAAAUGCAUUUAAGUUUUAAAUAAUAGCUGUUUACUUAUAAGAAAGCUCUCAUUGGCCUUGUCCUGUCUGGAACUGCAGUCUGUGCUUAUACUGAUUUGUAUACUAUGUAAUAUACUGUCCACUUAGUUAACACCUGUGAAGCACUAAGUUAAACCUAAGGUGAAACACCCACGAUGUUGUACAAAUUGGUAUGUAGUAAAUACACAAUAUAUACGGUGCCUUAGAAUAUACAGUGUGUUUGGAAAAUAGUUGAACACACUGAAUAGAAAGAAGUGGCAAUGAAGAGGCUCCAUUCAUUACUUUGUAGGCUAAAUGCAGUUAGUUCAUCAUCUGGCACCUGAUGAGCAGUUUUGUUUUAUUUCCAUGUUUGUAUUUAUGUGAACAAGACAAAUUUAUUCAAUAACAGAUUUGACCAUUUUAUUUUAAUCAAGUGCUGGAGUGAAAUUUUACUUACAGAAAUGACGACGUCCUGAUUCUUUAUUAACUCAGUUUGCCAAAGAAACAUGCAGCAGGAGAAAUGUGGCUGUUUGUCAACUUCUGCGAUGAGACUGUUUGUGUGAAUGGGCUCAUCGUAUGAUUUAUAUUUCUUAGUCAUGGUAGCUGUUGCUGCAUUCGUCAAAUUUUCAGUUUUUUUUUAAAUGUUUUAAAUUGUGAUUUGCAAAGUUUGUGUUGUACAUAUAAUAAAAGUGAAAAAUUUACA